AUGAUCCGUGACGCUCAGGUGUUUGCGUUUUUAGUUGUGUUAGUUCUUCUGCAAUUCGCGCUCGGAAGUCCUCCUCCCAGAAAAAGAGAUCUAAAAUCACUCGAGGGCUUGGUAACAAACGACGUAAUUCCCGAUUUACAAAAGUCUGUUUCUUUAAUGUCCCUCGCCGAACGAGAACAAUUGGCCAUUAAUAUUGACGAUAUUUACUUUUCAUUUCCGUAUCAACUUGGAAUUAUAUUUGAUGACUCGAACAAUCAGAAACGUUUCGUAGAAAUAACAAUGGUCUACCAUAGCCUAAAGGGACUGUCUAUGAUGCGAUCUAGAGGGGAGGAACCUCCCUUAAAUAUGGGCAUGAUGCCUGAAUACCAAGGAAAAAUAUCCGUUUGUAAUUAUAGGUUUAUUAGAGAGUUUACGAAAGGUGUUGAAAGUCAGUGGACUGUAAAUCUUUUAAAUCACUUCAAACCGGCCGAUUAUUUAGAUUAGGUUUUUGCGAGGGUUUUUGUACAUCCUUGUUCGCUUGUUCUUUAUUGUAUUAUCGGCAGGUUGGUACAAUCACAAUUUUUUCUUAUACUUUAAGUAGUGUAAAUAAAAAGAGUAUUGGGGACUGG